GCACUUUCGAGAUUUUUUGUUUGGCAACAAAUGCAUUGAUUGGCGGCAUUGCAAGGGUCUAGUGAUGCAACACCCUACCAAGUACGAUUACAAGUGGAUUUGCUCUAUCUAGACGACAGCCUUCCUGUAUCUGUAUGUAACAACAAUACAACAAUGCUGUAGGUGUAGCGGUUUCACAACAAGCAAGGGCAGAAAGGGCUAUCAGAAAUGAAUGACACUUGAGAUUCUAAAAUGAAGAUAGCAGUAGAAGGAUGUUGCCAUGGAGAAUUGGAGAAUAUCUAUUCAACAAUUCAACACUUGGAGGCUAAAGAAGGUAUCAAAGUGGAUUUGCUGCUGUGUUGUGGAGACUUUCAAGCUGUCCGAAACGAAAGUGAUUUAGAAUGCAUGGCUGUACCCAAGAAAUUCCGUCAAAUCAACUCUUUCUACAAAUACUACUCUGGUGAGAAGAAGGCCCCUGUACUGACGCUUGUAAUAGGAGGUAACCAUGAGGCAUCCAAUUAUCUUGGAGAGCUGUCUUAUGGAGGUUGGAUGGCACCAAAUAUAUAUUACAUGGGUUAUGCAAGUAUUGUCAAUUACGGCGGCGUAAGGAUAGGCGGCGUCUCUGGAAUUUUCAAGCAGCGAGAUUUUAGAAAAGGACACUUUGAAAUACCACCCUACUCUCAAGAUACGGUACGAUCCGUCUAUCAUACUAGAGGGCUGGAGGUGUUCAGACUGAAACAGAUCACGCAACCAAUUGACAUCAUGAUGUCACAUGAUUGGCCAAGAGGAAUAUAUCACCAUGGUAACACGGAACAGCUCCUCAGGGCAAAGACAUUUUUUAGAGACGAGGUGGAAAGCAACACACUUGGUUCACCUUGUCAUGAGGAAUUACUGAAUCACUUGAAACCAACGUACUGGUUUGCUGCUCAUCUUCAUGUCAAAUUCCCUGCUUUAGUUUCGCAUGGGCCGGUGAAUGCAGAAGAAAAAACAACCAAAUUCCUGGCUCUUGACAAGUGUCUCCCACAUAGGGACUUUCUUCAGGUGGUAGAUAUACCGCAUAAGACAGAAGCACCAUGGGAUUUUACCUACGACCCUGAGUGGCUUGCAGUGCUACAGUCAACCAAGCUACUACUGACGACAAAUGACCGGGUUGUUCACAUGCCAAACCAACAGUACAAUAAUAGAUGGGAUUACAGUGCUUCACUUGAGGAGCUUUCAGCGAUACGAGAAAUCUUCCAGGAAGAUUUGAGGAUUCCUCAUAACUUCACCCAGACAGUGCAAGUCCACGACCCAGCCAAACCCGUCCGGAACCCCAACCAGCCACUGCCAAACGUCAAUCCACAAACCACACAGUUCUGUGCCAAACUCUCAAUCACCGACCCCGUCGCAGCGAUCAUGGAGAGUUCGGGUAUUCCAGUGACACCCUCCCCUCUCAGGAGUUUGAGUAAGAGGGACGUAACAAUGGACAACGAUGACGAAAGUGCCAUCUUUGAUUCGUUCACCGUCCCCUUUGAUACAUCGGUCGAGGAAGGGAGUGAAGAUGGCGAUACAGACAUCGCAAACACCUCAAGUAACCCAGCUGAAAUCAGUUUAGAUGAUGAUGAGGAAAAGGAGGAUGAAGUUGUGAAGACGAGUUUAAGUGAUCGGUCAAUUGAUCGUCCUCUUUUAAUCGACUUACCUGAUUCAGAGAGAACUCAUGAGACGAGUGUAGAUGAGACCACAGGCCAGAAACUCUCCGCAUCCUCUGAUAUAUUUAGUAGCACUCCUCUUCAGGAGUCAUUGAUGACCGACGCCCGGCUGUCAGCUAUGGGGACACCGUGUGUUACCGGGGGAAAGAUGAAGAGGAGGAACUUGGACAUCUACUCGUCUCAAGAAGAAGAAGAAGAAUCUGCGGGAGAGGAAAUCAAACAUGAUAAAUUAUCGUCUACGGGAGAAUCGAGUAGUGCUGAGUCGGGUUCAUCCGGUGGUAGGAAAUUCAAAAGGAGGAAUCAAGCGAUAUAUACAUCUAAUGAGGACACUGAAUAAUUUUUUAUUUUAUUUUAUUGUGAAAUUGAAGAUUGGGCAAUCGGGCAUCAAAUAAUGUCAAUGAGAAAUAUUUUUCCAUGAACGCUAAGACUCGGUCAACAAAAACAUUGAACUCAGUAACAUUACAACAGGGCCCAAA